AUGCUACACUACCAGAACAGAAGGCCGACCCCCAUAGAGAACAGGUACCUGAACAGAAGGCCGACACCCUUCCCAAUAGAGAAGAGAGAAGAGGUACCUGAACAGAAGGCUAACCCCUAUAGAGAAGAGGUACCUGAACAGAAGGCUGACCCCCAUAGAGAAGAGGUACCAGAACAGAAGGCCAACUCCCAUAGAGAAGAGGUACCUGAACAGAAGGCCGACCCCCAUAGAGAAGAGGUACCAGAACAGAAAGCUGACUCACCCCAUAGAGAAGAGGUACCUGAACAGAAGGCCGACCCCCAUAGAGAAGAGGUACCUGAACAGAAGGCUGACUCCCAUAGAGAAGAGGUACCUGAACAGAAGGCUGAUCACCAUAGACAAGAGGUACCUGAACAGAAGGCCGACUCCCAUAGAGAAGAGGUACCUGAACAGAAGGCCGACUCCCAUAGAGAAGAGGUACCUGAACAGAAGGCCGACUCCCAUAGAGAAGAGGUACCUGAACAGAAGGCCGACUCCCAUAGAGAAGAGGUACCUGAACAGAAGGCCGACUCCCAUAGAGAAGAGGUACCAGAACAGAAAGCUGACUCACCCCAUAGAGAAGAGGUACCUGAACAGAAGGCCGACCCCCAUAGAGAAGAGGUACCUGAACAGAAUGCUGACUCCCAUAGAGAAGAGGUACCUGAACAGAAGGCCGACCCCCAUAGAGAAGAGGUACCUGAACAGAAGGCUGAUCACCAUAGACAAGAGGUACCUGAACAGAAGGCCGACUCCCAUAGAGAAGAGGUACCUGAACAGAAGGCCGACUCCCAUAGAGAAGAGGUACCUGAACAGAAGGCCGACUCCCAUAGAGAAGAGGUACCAGAACAGAAAGCUGACUCACCCCAUAGAGAAGAGGUACCUGAACAGAAGGCUGACCCCCAUAGAGAAGAGGUACCGGAACAGAAGGCCGACCCCCAUAGAGAAGAGGUACCUGAACAGAAGGCCGACCCCCAUAGAGAAGAGGUACCUGAACAGAAGGCCGACCCCCAUAGAGAAGAGGAAGCCAAAAAGAAGGCCGACCCCCAUAGAGAAGAGGUACCUGAACAGAAUGCUGACUCCCAUAGAGAAGAGGUACCUGAACAGAAGGCCGACCCCCAUAGAGAAGAGGUACCUGAACAGAAGGCUGAUCACCAUAGACAAGAGGUACCUGAACAGAAGGCCGACUCCCAUAGAGAAGAGGUACCUGAACAGAAGGCCGACUCCCAUAGAGAAGAGGUACCUGAACAGAAGGCCGACUCCCAUAGAGAAGAGGUACCAGAACAGAAAGCUGACUCACCCCAUAGAGAAGAGGUACCUGAACAGAAGGCUGACCCCCAUAGAGAAGAGGUACCGGAACAGAAGGCCGACCCCCAUAGAGAAGAGGUACCUGAACAGAAGGCCGACUCCCAUAGAGAAGAGGUACCUGAACAGAAGGCCGACCCCCAUAGAGAAGAGGAAGCCAAAAAGAAGGCCGACCCCCAUAGAGAAGAGGUUCCUGGACAGAAGGCCGACCCCCAUAAAAUAUCUAAUGAAUUGGCCGUAUGGGACGGCUCUUUUAACGCUUCAUGGAUGGAAGCGGUCUUGGUAGAGCAAGGAAUUGGUCGCCGUGGGCUUAUGAAAGCCCUCCGUGACCAACUCGUCGCCCUCAACCACGACAGCCACAUCCAGAAACUCCAAUCGUGUACCUCCAAAAUUGAGGGACUCAGUCUCCGGGCUGCAACUUGUGACUUCCAGGAAUCUGUUCAGGAUCUAGAAGUGAAGAAAUGA